CGUUAGAAAAUAUCCCGACUUUACGACUUUAGUUGAUAAGACUCAACUCACUACCGGCAGAAGGGACCGAGAAUCGUCUUCCUCAUUCACUCAUUCUGUGACUAUCAAAGGCUAUCUGCGAAUGAUCCAUUGCGUGGGUCUUAUCUCCAGGUUUUGGAUAAGCAUAAACUGGAAUGUGGUGUGGGCCAAGUCCUAGGUAACUUGUCGAGUGGUCGUUUACUGAGAAGGAUGAGCUGGCCCUCUCAACGCUGCUGCAAGCAGACCAAGAUAGUCCCCUGAGCGGCUGGUCUAUCAAUGUCUGCAUAUUGUGUAUAAAGUCCCCAACGAUCAGCCGGCUGUGUGAUUACACAAAGACUGACUCUGAUCAUCGUCCGACACAGGGCUCGGACAACACUUUUCAUUCGACGCCUGACAAUUGGCUCUUCACCAUCGAUUCAGAGCACAAGGUCACUCAGAUAGCCAUGACGCACUCCAGCAACUCUUCCCACGCGUUAGAUCCCGCACCCCCAGGGAAAGAAAUGGCAUCAGUCGACGAAGCCACUCCAAAAGACGAGUCGGAGAAUGGAUCUUCGGAUAUGUAUAUCGAUCCCGUCAAAGAGGCACGGAUGAUGAGAAAGUUCGAUAUGUAUGCCAUCGUGCCAAUGGGCUUUCUGUAUCUUAUGUCGAACCUCAACCGAAGCAAUCUUGGUAACGCCAACAUUGCGGGCAUGCCCGAAGAAAUUGGAUUGACAGGCAAUCAGUUUGGUGUUGCAACUACUUUGCUAUUCGCAACAUAUGUCCCUUUUGAAGGACCCGUUGCCGUGCUGCUCAAGGUUAUUGGCCCAAAACCACUGAUGACCACCUGUGCGUUUUGCUGGGGGAUUUCGGCUCUGGCUAUGGCUUUUAUUCAAGACUACCGAGGACUGUACGCGUGUCGACUGCUGAUUGGAUUUUUCGAAGCCGGAUUGAUUCCUUGCAUCAACGUGUACUUGGGCUGGGUUUACAAAAAGUCGGAACGAGGCAAGCGGUCAUCUCUCAUUUUCGCCUUCAGCGCGUUCUCCAGCGCCUUUGGUGGGGUUCUUGCAUUCGGCUUGACGCAGAUACACGGCCCUAACGGAUUUUCUGGCUGGCGGUGGCUCUUCUGUGUCGAAGGUGCCAUGACCGUGAUCAUCGUGCCUAUCUUCUGGUUUGUAUUUCCCAAGUCUCCAACUGAGGCAUGGUUUCUCAAGCCCGAAGAGAAGAGGAUGAUGAAUCUUCGCUACGAGCUGGAUCCUAGCUGGGGUCACUCGGAAACCUUCUCCUUGAAGGAGUGCAUCAAGGCUUUCAUGGACCCUAAAUGGUACGCAUUCUUCUGCUACCAGUUUUCCAUCAACAUCUCGCUUUACGGCCUGACUACCUUCUUGCCCGCCAUUGUCCGAGGUCUCGGCUAUACAUCCGUGAUGGCCAAUCUCAUGACGGUGCCCAUAUACAUAUGUGCCCUAUUCUUCUUCCUUCUUCUCGCCUACUUGUCCGACAGGAGUGGCGUUCGAGGUCCCUUCCUCCUUGGAGGUCUUCUCUGCCUGGUCAUUGGGUAUGCCAUCCUGAUUAGUGUGGAUAACCUGAAAGUCAGAUUUUUCGCCUGUUUUGUUGCCGCACUAGGAAUUUAUCCAACCACUGGGUUGUCACUCAUGUGGCUUCAAGACAAUGUUGCAAGGCACUACAAGAGAGCAACCAUGGUUGGAUUCACUCUCACAAUCGGCAACACCGCCGGUGUCGCAGUUGGACAGAUUUUCACCGCGCCAACGGGCCCAAGGUACAUCCGUGGCCUUUCCAUUGCCUUGGGACUGGCCUGUUUUGCUGCUUGCAUCGUGGUCACCAUGAUGACCACCAUGGUAAUUGUGAAUCGAAAGCGGGCAGCAAGAAUCCUGGCUGCGGAGCAAGCUGGAGCCCCUCUCGAAUCCGAUCCUUCUUUGGGUGACUACGACGUGUACUUCAAGUACAGCAUUUAGCCGAUAAACUCGGUGAAUCCUAUGUCCGGUCCUGGCUGGAGGGAAUCAAGCGGAAAUUGAGAUCAGUUAUGUGAUCUGAGAGUUAUCUUGGUGUUUAUUUUAUGGACAUGCCUGAUGGGGAUGCAGUCGCUUUAGUUGAGCCAUGUAGUGCCAUUAGAAUCAAGGACGUGAUUCACAUUAA